AUGGAAAGCCUCAACCAGCAGCUGGAGCUCCUCCAGGCUCAGAAUUUGAACUUGACAGAGACUGUAAAGCAACUUGCCACCUCCAGAGGACAUAAAUGUAUUCCUUGUCCUGAGAAGUGGCUACAAUAUGGGGAGAACUGCUACCACUUUUCAAACGAAUGGAAAACUUGGCAAGAAAGCAAGGCUGAAUGCUCUGUUCUGGAGUCCAGACUUCUUAAGAUAGAGAGUAAGGAAGAGCUGGACUUCACAAGGCGAUCGGCACAGUCUUACGGUUCUUACUCUUUCUGGAUUGGGCUGUUUCACAACGGAACUGAGGGGCCCUGGCUGUGGGAGGAUGGAUCGGCUUUCUCCCCUGAUCUGUUUCAGAUCCAACGAGCCAGCUCAAGUUCUCUCCUAGAUUGUGUGUGGCUUCAAGGUGCAAACAUAGGCACUGCAUGGUGUGGCGAGUACAGUUUUUACAUUUGUGAGAAAGUGGUGGAUCCUGCGGUGGUCAAGCAAGUGGGCUACUCGGACAGGCACUAGUGUGCAGAGCUCUGCAGAGAGCCCCAUCCUGGGAUAUGCCAUUGUGGGAGCGAGUUCUGCCCCAGGGUUUGUGAUAGGGAAAACGAGUCUGAGCUCAGGUUAAUGUAACAUCAGGGAUAAUCUAAGCUUAACUUGCCCUCUGGUGAUGCACAUCAGCCAGACUACUUCUUGGGCUUUUUCUUCAACAACUUCAUUCCCUCUUUCUUCUUUCAGCCCUUGCAUUCUUGUGUAACCACUUCUAUCCACUUCUUAUGAAUUCCUUUCUAAAUGAAACAAAAUUAAGUAUAUGAUUCCAGAACUCUAUUUUAAAGAUUCAUACCUAUCUCCCAGAAACAGGAAUCAAUGACCAUUUGUAAGAGCCACACAUCAUGUUUUCAAAAUCCAUCCAUUGGGUAUUCACAGAUAUGAGUUCCCAAUUUACAAUAAAUUUCCAAAUAUUUGAUUUAAUUUCACUCCUCCCCUACUGAUAACUAGAAAGUGCAACAGAAUCAGAGCCUGUAUUAAAAGACAAAUAAAAAUAUUUAUAGUUCUCCUGGUUAGAGAGAAAAGCUUUCAAAUGGGAUUGUAUGCCCUAUGGGCUCAAAAAACAGAAGGCAAAUACAGAACACAUCCUUAUUGAGGAAAGUCAGCAAUAUUUGAUGCCCAGGAAUGCCAGUACAGGUGCUAGUGGAUUGUUCUGCUGCAUUGGGCGUUAGGGGGGAAGGUGCAUUCCUCUAAGACAUCUGUCUUGAUAAUUAUCCGUGUCACAUCUGAUCCAGUUUUUUGAUUUCUCAAAUCCAUUUUCCAUUCUGUUGCAGAAUUUCACAACCGGAAUAAAUAU